AAUCCAUCAUGGCGCCCGUCGGGUUGUUGGCCAGUGUGUCAAAACCAGCGUGGAGACUAGGCUACGUCCUGAGGCCAGCGGCAGUCAGCUGUGUGCGAGGUGUGGCCCAGCUGGAGAAUGUGGGGAAAGGAACCUUCAAAUUAGUGAACCCUCCUGAGAAGGAAGACAAGACCUUGAGGGAGAUCACAGACAAGGCAGCGACGACGCUGUUCCUCACCGAACUCAUCCGAGGGCUCUCCAUGGCGAUCAGCUACAUGUUCCGUGAGCCGGCCACGAUUAACUACCCGUUCGAGAAGGGUCCUCUGAGCCCGCGGUUCCGCGGCGAGCACGCCCUGCGCAGGUACCCGUCCGGGGAGGAACGCUGUAUCGCCUGUAAGCUGUGUGAGGCCAUCUGUCCUGCACAGGCCAUCACGAUUGAAGCAGAGCCUCGGGCUGACGGCAGCCGCCGAACCACCCGGUACGACAUCGACAUGACCAAGUGCAUUUACUGCGGGUUCUGCCAGGAGGCGUGUCCUGUGGACGCUAUUGUAGAGGGUCCGAACUUUGAGUUUUCGACGGAGACACACGAAGAGCUGCUGUACAACAAGGAGAAACUACUGAACAACGGAGACAAGUGGGAGGCAGAGAUCGCCGCUAACCUACAGGCUGACUUCCUCUAUAGAUAAACACACAACUUCACGUCUGAACACACCACAUCCUAUAAACUCUUAUGUAACUCACUGUCAUGUCGCAGUGUGUCCAAUGCUCACCAUAAACAUAACAUUCUUGCAGCUAUGUUUGAAACAUAAAGUAGACCUAAGAAUCGAAAUCCAGAAUUCUAGAAUUAUAUUAUACGUGUUGUGGCUUUCAGUUGGUCUUCUUUGGGAUACGUAUGCUCAAUUAAGAUUGCUUUGUGUACAAAUUUGCCUGUCUUACUUUACAAGAAGCAUUUCAGUGACUUGAAGUACUGAUUAGAAAGAAUCAAAGGAAUGUACAUGAACAUGUAUAUACAGCUGGCCUAGACAGUAUCCUAUUGGAUACAGUAUCUAACCAAGAAUCUGCUUGGAGAUUGGGCCACACUUGGAAAUGAGUUAACUUUCUGGAUGGGUCUUGUUUAUCUAGUCUACAGGAAUGAAGUGUAUUGCUCAUGUACUGGUCAUAUUCUUAAGAAUUAAACCUUGUGUGAGGGAAA